AUGGUCAUUAAGGAUGUCUCCUGCAGGGAUCGACUCUCGGAGUUUUGCUUACUCCAGCUGUUCUUCGGUUCCAAAAACCUAUGUGGCGACGCGGUGGAGCUUGGGAACGAGAAAGUAGCUUUGGCGGUGGUCAGCAGUAAUGCGGAAUGUGAAAUGGCAACCACUCGUCCCGUUCGACUCCGCAAGCUACCGGAAGUGUUACAAACAGGAUUGCUUCGAGCUGAUUGGUCCCUUGAGAACGGUGGUCGGAACAUGGGGGGGGGCGGUCGGUCGCCAGUCAACAGCAUAACAGUACAUGGGGGAUCGAGACGCGACCUUAUGACUUUGGGAGUAAGCCUCGACCUGUGUGGACCCCACUUGAGUGUUGGUACUGUGGUGCGAAAAGCAUACGAAGAUGUAGAUCUUUGGUAG